AUGGUCAAGCGCCACCACAAGCACCACCGCUGCGGCGGUGGCAAAGAUGAUAGUGGCAGCCUCCAGGCCGCAUUGCCCACUGCCCCAGCACAGCGGCAGCAGGGACGGCAGCAGCAGCAGCAGCAGCAGCAGCAGCAGCAGCAAGAGCAAGGCGCACGCGCUGUUGUGACCCGCAACAGGGGCCGGGCGGUUGCCGUGUGCGAGCAAGUCUGCAAGGCCAAAGGCGCCUGCACCGUGGUGGCGGGGCAGCAGCAGUUCCGAGCACCCACCGCGAGCUGCGUUGGUGUCGAGCUGACUCCCCAGCAGGUGACUGCUGCCACCACUGGCAGGCGCUCCAAGGUCAUCGGCACGGGCAGCUUUGGCAAGGUGUUUGCGGCCGACCUGCCACCCCUUGGCCGUGUCGCCAUCAAGGUGGCCUCUGCUGGUGCAGAGCGCGCCCUGGCAGCGGAGGCCUUCCACCUUGGGCAUUGCGCCCACCCUGCCAUCGUCCGCGCCCUCGGCAGCUGCUGGACGCCCGGCUGCUCGGCGCUUGCGCUGGAGCAUCUGGCAGGCGGCUGCCUUGACGACCGAUUCGGAGCAGGCCCCCACACCAUGGAACCGGGUGCAGUGGCUACAACCACUGGCAAGGGACGCCGCGCGCCCUUGACGUGGCACGAGCGGCUGCGUGUGUGCUACCAGGUGGCGUCCGCACUUGCCUACCUGCACGGAAGCCUGCGCAUAGUGCACUGCGAUAUCAAGCCCGGCAACAUACUGCUGGAUGCGGCCAGCAAUGCAAAGCUGAUUGACUUUGGCGUGGCACGCCCCGUGGCGGGCGACAUCCAUGCGGCAGCAGCAGCCGCGGCGGCUGUCGCGCGGCAGCAUGGUGCGGGCCCGGGGCAGCGCGACAGUGGCGCUAGAGCUGUUGGCGGCGGCGGCACGGCGGCGGCACACCUGCGCGCGCUGGCUGUUGGGGUCGCCAAUGGCGGUGUUGCGCAGAUGCAUGGCUGGUGCGGCACCAGGGAUUACCUGGACCCCUUGUUUGAGCAGCUGGGCCAGAUGUGUGAGAAGUCGGACGUGUACUCCCUGGGUGUGAUCAUGGUUCAGCUGCUGUUUGACUGCUGCGAGCCACGGGAGGCCAAGAGGGUCGCCAUGCACCAGCAGCAGCAGCAGCAGCAGGAGCAAUAG